UAUGUCAGUACGCUGCAGAGAUUGAAAACGCGAGGAGGGGAAAAACUAAAAGUUCAUUCUCCCGAGUCGCGACGUGGAUUAUUAAUUUUAUUUUAAACCCACGAUCGGUGAUGGUUUCCUCCCAUACGGAUUAUUUCAUACUCGGUCCGUUGUAUGCGGUUCUCUGCUGUCCGUUUUGUCGAUGGCUUCCUCGGCUCAUCGGAAGAAGUUACCAGGGGAGGGAUCCCAACAGCUGGCUGCAUACGUGUCCUGGGUGAAUGCGCAGCUCAGGAAGAAGCCGGGAUUGAACCCCGUGCAGGACCUGAGGCAGGACCUGCGUGACGGGGUGGUCCUCGUGCACCUCAUCGAGAUCGUGGCUGGAGAGUCGCUGGAGGACGUCCAUUUCUGUCCUCAGGAUGAGCUGGAAAAGAGGGAGAACGUGGAGAAGGUGCUGCAGUUCGUCUCGUCCAAGCGGAUUCGCAUGCCGCAGACCUCAGCCCGCGACAUCGUGGAGGGGAACCUCAAGUCGGCCAUGCGGCUCAUCUUGGCCUUAGCCGCCCACUUCAAGCCCUCCACCUCAGCCAGUCACAGGGUGGGCGGGGCCGCGGGGCGUGGCCAGGCAGGGCCCUCGGCCAAUCACAGGCCUAACUCUGCCAUGGCUAUGGCACAGAAUGCGGUGGCUGCUCUGGCGGCGGCCCGUGAAGACGCCUCCCUCUCUGGGCGCAGCGUCCUCCAGCUGAGGCAGGAGUGGCACUGCCGUGGCGUCAGCGUGGAUGAGGAGAUCGAGAGCCCAUACUGGAGCGUACGGGCACUGGUGCAGCAGUACGAGGGCCAGCGGGGGGUGCCAGAAGAAGACUUGGAGACGUCCAGGCCCUGCAGCCUCAGCUCCACCAGCCCAAAGCACACACCCAAAUCAGAGCUCGUCGGAGGGUUCGAUGGAGGGGUGCUGGCAGAAAUCCAGCAGGAGGAGGUUUCCCAGAAGUCAGACGAUGUUGCAAAGUCGCCCUCUUGUGGACAAGCUGCAGCCAUGGGUAGUGCCACCCCAGGGGGGGGCUCCACGUGGGAGGAGCAGCUGUGCGAGCAGCAGGAGCAGCUGGAGAAGGAGAUGCAAGAGGCCAGGCGGAUGGUCUCCAGCCUGCAGGCGCUGCUCCUUCACGGCUCGCUACCUGAGGACGAGCAGGAGGUUUCCCUGAGCCUGGCGGAGGGAACAGUAAAUGCAGAGCAGCAGCUGAUAAUAAUCCGAAGUCGCCUGGACCAGAGCAUGGAAGAAACUCAGGACCUGAAGAAGGAGCUGCUGAAGUACAAGCAGGAGGUGCGCAGCCUGCAAGGGGUCAAGGAUGCCUUGCAGCAGCGUCUAGGGGUCCAGGAAGCCUCGGUUUUGCAGCUAAAGCAGGAUCUUUUGCGAUCCAGCAUGGACAGGGAGGAGCUGGAGGGGCAGAAUGCCGAGUUGCAAAGGAAGCUGGAGGAGCGUGUCCGGCUGCUCAGCGAGUACAAGAAGGAGAUUGCCCAGAAGGACAGGCUGCUGCAGCAGCAGCAGUACAAGCUGGAUGAGGCGACGCGCAAACUGUCUGAGAGCAGCCACCACCAGGUUGACCUGCAGAGGGAGCUGGACCACAAAGAAAGCGUGUUACAGGAGCUGAUGAACCAUGAGCUCUCUGGUUCUCAGAAUAACGGCUACUCCCACCCGGCGGGGUCUGCGCAGCCGUACAAAGGGGCGGAGGAGCUCCAGCUGGUGCGGGACGCCCUGCGCAGCCUGAGGAACAGCUUCAGCGGCCAUGACCCCCAGCACCACACAUUAGACACGCUGGAGCAGGGCGUGGCCAGCCUGAUCGACCGCCUGCACGCGCUGGACAUGCGCCGCAGGCAGGAACGCAGGGGUCGUGGAAAAUCCCCAGGACGCAAAGCCACUCACACGGAUCGUGACUCCUGGCCACCCAGCACCAAGAUAUCCCACUCCCACAGCAGCCCAGUGCUCAGCUCCUCGGCCUCCACCAAAGUACUGUACUUCACCGACCGCUCUCUUACGCCAUUCAUGGUCAACAUCCCCAAGAGGCUUGGGGAGGUAACGCUCAGAGACUUCAAGGCAGCUGUGGACAGGGAGGGCAACUUCAGGUACCACUUCAAAGCCCUGGAUCCAGAGUUUGGGACAGUGAAGGAAGAGGUAUUCCAAGAUGAUGCAGUGGUCCCAGGCUGGGAAGGCAAAAUCGUGGCCUGGGUGGAAGAGGACCAUGGAGAGGGCAGGACCUAAGGUCUUCGUAUUGCUCUCCUCUCACUGGCCAAGAGGCUGGUGGACAUGGGCCGGCCUGCUGCAGGACAUCAACUCCAGGCUGGCACAGUCUGUGAUCUCCGUCUCCCUUUGACCAAAGGUCCUUAGGAUCCAUCUUGGUGGCCCACGUCACGUAAUGGUCCUGGUUACUGCUGUCCUUUGAAGGCAUAAGGGAGACGCUAACGUCAGUGUACCAAAGCGGAGAUACCUUGAGAAUGAAAACCAGGGUAAAAGCCACCGUUGCUUGUCAGUGUCUCUGCAGCAGUGGGGCAGGGAAAGAAUGAGGAAUACGUCCUUCCUUCUCGGAUUUGUGCCAAAUCGUGUACAGAUGCCUGCCACGUGCUCUCCAGAGCACUGUUCAUCUCACUCUGUCGUGCUGGCAGUUUGUCAGUUUCCUGACUCCUGGUGUCUUGCUGAAUGUUUCGUGACAAGCUUUGAUUCACGUACCGGUGAUCACAUCUCAGAACCAACUCAACUCUUUGUACCAAAGCCAGGCUAGUUGACCUUCCCUGGAAACAGUUGCAUUUAUGAUUGUUGACCAAACAAUGUGGGAAAAUCAGGGUAAAUCGAUGAGUGAGUUUGUCCAAUUAAAUUACCCAGUUCUUACCAGACAGUCAUUGUGAAGGCCUUUGUUAGGAGACUGAUGUCAUGACUCAAAUUAUUUAACAGAUAUUAAUAAUCCACUAAAUAAAUAGAAAAUAGAAGUCCGCUAGUGUAGCAGUAUAAAAUAGUAUGAUACAAAGUCGGAGAAAAUUAAAUCCAGUGUUAAAUGGAUUAAGGUUAUGUGAAUUCAGACAAGUACAGAUGAAAUUCUCGCGAAAGUCAUUGCUGUGGAAUACUUUGCACACAGUUUGAAACUUGAAACUCCAGAUGACUGAGUUAAAUUAAAAAGUACUGAAGGAAAAACUGUUUCAGAGAUGAGGCUUGAGGUGAUUAGCAAAUGCUAACAAUGGGAUUCUGUCUUGAUGGCCCCUUCAAUAACUGGCCACUGGAGUGGAUUCCAGAACAGAUUAGUGGGUUGUGCAGUGCGAUUGUGGGGUCAGGACUGUUUUUACAAGUGAAUGUUUGCAGUGACAUUGAAGGUUGUUCACAGCAAACUCCAGCAGGGUUUGAGGAUGGAUGUUGGGGGUCAGCAGUUAUUCCUGCACAAGCUGUGCCAAGCGGAGUUAUGUCUUUUGUACGUUUUAAAGCGAAAGAGUUGUACUCCAAUGGGGACGUGCCAUUCUGUGUGUGGAGAGCAGCAGAACAGGAUAGUAGACGAUCUCAAAGAAGUUUGGUGCAGAUCGGUCACGUCUAAAGACCACAUACCAGGAAAUAUUUGCGUCAAGGUGCUGCAGAUGCAUAUCGAUAUAUGACGUUGUCCUUAAUAACACAUGGCUGCCUCUACUUCCUGGGCACGCUCAGUUUCUGCAGGAGAAUCUUUAGCCAGUUUUUCCCGGGUCCUGUUCUGUCACUUUAAAUUCCCCCACAGCAUUACAGGCGCUAAUGCGCAGUGACUACGGGCAGUGCAGCGCACCAACCCGUCACGGAUCGCUGGAGCUGGCUGUGGAUCAUUCUCCAUCGUGUGCACGCAGUUCCUUAGGCCAGUGCACUUGAAAGUAUUGCUGGGACCCACUCACAUGUACUAGAUGCCAGUCGGGGGUCUUUGACGCCUGUCUGUUGUGUCUUUGUUUCAUGUCAAAUUCUUCACGAUAAAUUUGGAAAUCAGGGGUGGCAAGAUUGCCUAUGCAUGAUAUAAUUGCGUGUGUGUUUUCUACUUGAAGGAACGUGAUUGCAAGAGUAGGAUGGGGGAGAAGUGUCUAAUGUGAAACCUGGCAUUGAGACAAGUGCGCUGAUUCCCACUUGUUUGUCUGUCUUUUAAAUCAAAUGUAAUUAGCUCUUGUAAAUAGGUUUAUAUGUAUUGUUUAAAAGGAGCAUGUUUCUGUUCAUAUUUGAUGUAUUACUGUCUGCAGAAUCCUGUGAUGAGGAAAAUACUUUCUAAAAACGGGUUUUUCGUAACAGGAUUCCAGGGGCCAUGUCCAGUGACUCACCAGUUCUAAUUCUUCUCAUGGCUGAGUUCUCUGAGACCCCUCCUGGGCUUUCAGUCGUUGUGUCUGCCAGCUCUUUGUUCCCUGUUCUGGGAUCCUUGCAGCAUUUGGUGUGCUCCUAAGUGCGGAGCUGAAAAACCGAUGCCUUCUAAUCUUUCUUUGUCCUGAAUAUCUUCAGUAAAUCCGAAACCUGCACUGAAACUAACUGUAAAUUACAACGGAGUGAAUGCACACAGAAGAGGGGUGCUGUGUUCCCAGGACGCUGUCUGGCAGAGAGAUGUUACCAGAAUCAGAUGGGCGGAGUGGAACAUAGCAGGAACUGCACCUCAUACUCAAUACCAUCAGCCUCCAGAAAUGGACGAUGAAAAGCAAAAAGUUCUGUGAAAAUGGGGAACAAACUUAUUUAUGGUCAUUCAGUGUUUGUACAAAAGUCAUACUUUUACAAGCAACUAUUUACAAAGGACAUUUGUUGGAUUUUAAUGUUCCUAUUUUUUACAGCACAAAUUCCAGAGGUUUAAUACAGAUUGUGUCAAGUUAAAUGUAUUCUAUCUUAACCCUCAUUUAAACUGCCGAGUUUCCCAUUAAAAUACCUCCAAUUCA